UUAGUCACACCCACUUAUUUAUAUAUGCAGGGAGGAGCUACAGUGUCAUGUUAUCACCACGCCCACUUCUAUCCUUGAACUUUUCUCUGAGAGCUUAGCUAGCUCUGUACUAUACUAUACUGUGUGAACGCUACAAAAUAAUACCUAAGCAGAAAUGGCAUACCCUGGUCAUGGUCAACCAGCUGCCGGGUACCCAGGGCAACAACCCCCUGCUGGCUAUGGACAGCCACCUGCCGGAUACCCAGGACAGCGAGCCCCUCAACCAGGGCAACAACCCCCUGCUGCCGGGUACCCAGGGCAACAGCCCCCUGCUACCGGGUACCCAGGGCAACAGCCCCCUGCUACCGGGUACCCAGGGCAACGCCCCCCUGCUCCUGGGGGUUACCCUGGUCAACAACCUGCCGGUUACCCCCCUCAAGGUUAUGGAGCUCCACCUACUGGUCCCCCCGGCUGCCCUCCUGGGGUGUCCCCUGACGUGUACACAUGGUUUGUUGCUGUGGACACAGACAAAAGUGGUCAGAUCACGGCCACAGAGUUACAGUCUGCCUUGACCAAUGGGAAUUGGUCUAAUUUCAACGCUGAGACCUGUCGACUCAUGAUUGGUCUUUUCGGUCGUGACAACAAUGGGACCAUUGAUGUGAGAGAGUUUCAACAGCUGUGGGCAUACAUCAACCAAUGGAAGGGCACAUUUGAUCGCUAUGACAAAGAUCGAUCUGGCAAUGUUGAUUCUCGAGAGCUCUUCACAGCUUACAAUGAGAUGGGUUUCCGUGUCACUGCUAAUUUCUGUCAGCUGGUCGUGACCCGAUUUGAUAGACUGGCUCGACGAUCGUUGAAGUUUGAUGAUUUUAUUCAGAGCUGUGUGAUGCUUCGAGCCCUCACUGACAAUUUCCGAGCCCGAGAUACCAACCUUGAUGGAUGCAUUAACGUCAACUACGAGGACUUCUUAACCAUGGCCAUUGCCAACAAGCCCUGAAUGACUCAUAUAUUUAUAGUGAACUAACUGCUUUUAUAGAGUAUAGGAACGCUUACGUUAUUUUAUAGACAGAUGAUUGUUUAUUGUUGUGUACAAUCAUAAUAAUUAUUAGUUGUUGAAUACA